GUAGCUGGUGUGUGGGCUGACAGUAAAUGUAGCUGGAUGGCCGUCCUGGACUACUUGAACCUGACGUCCAAUCGUGACCGUCUGAUCAUGACGCGACCCAGCCAGGACUGGAGGGUUCCCACCAACGUAUCCCUGGACGUGUACAUAUACGCCAUUCAGGCUGUGCAGGAGAAGAGCCAGACCUUCAUCCCUUACAUCUGGGUCAUGACGGAAUGGACCAAUGAGCUGCUGUCCUGGCAGCCUGAUCAGUUCUGCGGGAUCCAACAAGUGGCUGUUCCUCGAGAGUUGCUAUGGAAACCUGAUCUGCUUCUAUUCGAGACGAUGGAGAGAGAUAAGGACACAGGAAGUCCCUUUGUGCUGCUGAAACACGACGGGACAGUCAUCAUGGACGGCUACCGCAAGGUGCUGUCCACUUGUGCAAUGGACGUCUUCAAGUUUCCCUUCGACACCCAGAGAUGCACCUUGUCCUUUUCCUCAGCCAUACACUCAGAUAAGGAGCUGCUCCUCUUUCCCACCUCCAACUCGUCCCGUGCGACGCGUAACUCGGAGGACAUGAUGGAGAAGGAGGUGAGCGAGUGGGAGUUCAUCAACCUCACUGUGCAGCGCCUCAAGUUGCCCUUCAACGACGAAAACUGGGACAAACUCGUCUACACGAUCAGCAUCCGCAGGGUGCCCCUGCUGUAUGUGUUGACCUUCAUCCUCCCCAUCCUCUUCCUCCUGCUGCUGGACCUGGCCUCCUUCUUCAUGUCCGAUGCUCAAGGUCAAAAGACCGGCUUCAAGGUCACAGUGCUGCUGACCAUGUCAGUGCUGCUGCUCAUCCUCAAUGAAACUCUACCCAACAAACCCAGGAGGACCCCCCUCAUAGCGGUGUACGUGAUGGUGACGUUUGGCUUCAUGCUGCUGAGCCUGAUGGAGAGCAUCCUGGUGGGAUACCUGAUAGACAGGGCUGAUACCCAGCACAGCCGGGAAGCAGGAAACAGGAAGUCUGUGGGCGGGAUCAUCUGUGUGGCCAAUGGAGAAUGUCAGCAGGAGGCCACGCCUAUGAAAGGGUGCCCCGACCCAGCCGAGGGCGACGAGAGGGGUGAAGGGGGCGACCCCGCACCCCUUCAGGGGAGCGAGGGGAGAGACCCUGUACCCUUCCUCCUACGCCUCAUCCAUCAGGAUCUGCAGAAUCAGAACCUCCUCCUCCGGAAUCAGUACUACCAUCAGAAUCAGAACCAAGCACCCCCAAGGAACCAGAACUCUCUGGCCAAUUACAUCAACACCACAUUCUUCAUUGUCUAUCUGCUCUCUGUGUCCAUCUUCCUCCCUACCCUCUUCAUCACCUGGAUGGCUUAA